AUGGGGCAGAUCGAGUGGGCCAUGUGGGCCAACGAGCAGGCGCUGGCGUCGGGCCUGAUUCUCAUUUCAGGGGGCAUCGUGGCUACUGCUGGCCAGUUCACCCAGUGGUACUUUGGGGCAUACUCUAUUGCCGCCGGAGUCCUGGUCUGCUUGCUGGAGUACCCCCGAGGGAAGAGGAAGAAGGGCUCCACCAUGGAGCGCUGUGGGCAGAGGUAUAUGACGUCCUUGGUAAAGAUGUUCGGGCCACUUACCAGGAAUUACUACAUCCGGGCCUUCCUGCACCUCGCGUUGUCGGUCCCUGCAGGCUUCCUCCUUGCCACUAUCCUGGGGACUGCUUGCUUGGCCAUCGCGAGUGGCAUCUAUCUGCUGGCGGCCAUCAGAGGUGAGCAGUGGACCCCCAUUGAACAGAAACCCAGGGAGUUGCCUCAGGUGGGAGGCACCAUCAAGCAACCACCGACCAACCCCCCGCCCCGGCCCCCAGCUGAGGUCCGCAAGAAGCUGAGUGAGGGGCAAGAAGACGCAGCGGCAGGGGGCUCCCAGGAGAGCGGCCAGACCAAUCCACUGCCUGUGACCGACGAGGUUGUGUGA